AUGAAAGAAUUAGUGGGCAGAUCACGAAAUGAAAGGAAGCUCGAUGGAAUUUACAAUAAACAAAGGGAUGCACUGCUGCACCAGUACAAACAUCAGAGAGAAAGAAACAAUGACAUAUAUGCAAAUUUAAACAAAAGGAAAGCCAAUGAGACUAUUCCCUUCCCAGAAAUAUACGAGAAAAAAAGAAGACCUAACCAGCUCAACGUGGUGGACACCUCUAAACACAGCAAACAAAAAGGAGGAGACAAUGUGAAGGGCGAAGAACAAACUAACAGAUUCGACGAUGGAAAUGCAAAAAACAAACGAAGUAAUAACAACGUUACUCUAUUUAAAGGAAUCCAUAUGAUUAUAUAUAGGUAUAUAUAUUCGAAAACCAAGUUUGUUAAAAGUGUAAACUUAUUUAUAAAUCUGUGCAUUAAUUAUCUUAAUAAUAAAAAUAAAAAUGUUUUUUUUUUUGCCUUUGAUAAAAUAGUAAAGGUAUUUCUUCAAAAUUAUAUUCACGAUGAUGAGGGACAGAAAGCAUCACACAGCAUCUACACCGUUUAUACUGAAGACGAGCUGCACAUAAAAUGUAUGGUCUCUUUGUAUGACAAGGUUAUUAACAGAAUAAUAGACAAUCGCUUCCAAAUAAAUUCAAAUGCUUCCGAGUUGGAGGAAGCCGAAAAUCAUGUGGAACAGUCUGCAAAUACUGAUGGUGCGAUGAACCAGUCCCCCGAUGGUGACGCAGUUAGUGAAGACGCACAGCACAAUGAGGACGAAGAGAUGCCCAAGCAAGCCACCCCCCCAGGAGUUGAAAAGCCAAACACCAUAAUCCUAACCAAACAGGAAAAAAAAUAUCUUAAGGCCCUUAAAAUUAAGGUGUACUACCUCAUCAUUUUGUACAAGCUUAAUGAUAAUUUUAUUUUCAAUAAAUUGAUUAGUAUAUACAGACAGAUUUGGCAGGAGCUGCUCAGCGAGUAUGAGAAUUUUGGUGAGGAGGUGUGUGAGGAGAGGAAGAAGGCCACUUCGCGGGGGGAGAACAUCACAUCAGGUGAAGCGGACGGUGCUACCACCUCUGAUGCAGCCGACACCGCUAAUGCUGCUGGACGCGGAGACGAUCUCGCGGACGACGAGAAUUUCCUGCACAUCCAGGACAAGUGGACCCUACCAAACGACUACGAACUGUUUAAGAUUAAACGAAGCGCAUUCGUUAAGUGUAUGUCCAAAGUGUUUAACUUUAUAAAUGUCAAAUGGGCCAGCACCCUGGUGGAGAGCCUGCUGCUAGAUGUGUAUUUUAAAAAACACAUUUUUGAUACAUGCGAUGAAAUAGUCAUUGAGAAGCUUCAGUCCGCAGCCAAAGUAAAUAUAAACAAAAGAAAAACUUCUACUCAUUCGCCCCAUGUUUUAUCCAUAGGAGAAUCCCUAAAUCCGGUGGUGGACGCUCGGGCCGAGAAAAUCGUGUCUCUCCAUGGUUCACACGUUUGGUCAUCAAAGCAAAUGGAGCGCUAG